AUAAAAAAUCGUGUUAUCGUUGAGUAUUAAAAUCUUGAUGUUGAUGUAUACAGACUAAUAAUUAUUCUUUAUAUAUUGAAAUAUAUAAAUACGGAUCUAGAAAUAAGAGGAGAAAUUUCUUAACGUAUAUCUUUGAUAUUUCUUAUUCCAAUGGCACUGACAGGACCUAACUUGCCGAAAGUUCCGACUCCUUUAAAAUCUAUACAACACUAUUUAACAAUCGCGUUGAAGCAUGACCAGCGAGACAGCGUCGUCAGCUAUUGGUGUCGCUUGUAUGCUCUUCAAACUGGAUUGAAGUUGUCAACCAAGACAUCAGAAGAAACCAAUUUUCUCCUGAAGCUAAUGGAUUGGUUGGAAACAACAAAGAAAGAACUGCAUGACAAUGAAGCCAUUACUAAUGAUGUAGCUGCUCAAGCACACUUAGAAAAUUGGGCUUUGAAGCUUUUUUUAUAUGCUGAUAAGAAUGACAGGGCUGCAAAUUUUUCUCAGAAAGUAGUACAGAGUUUUUAUACUGCUCAGAUGCUGUAUGAUGUAUUGACAUUGUUUGGAGAAUUGAGUGUAGAAGCUACACAGAAUCGGAAGUACGCUCAAUGGAAAGCAGCUUAUAUUCACAAUUGUCUAAUGAAUGGAGAGACUCCAGUACCAGGACCACUAAAUGAAACAAAUGAUGAAAAUGAUUCAAACAAAACAUCGAAUGACAAUGAUGAAGAGGCUAAAUCAAAUGUAAGUCCUACGAGUCCUAAGGAUAAUACUUCGCUAGACAUUCCAUCCAUUCCUCCAAAUCCACCAACUACAAGAACACAAUCGUUUGAAUCAGAAGAUGAUACAUAUAAAACAGAAAGUGGUGCUAAGUUGUCAGUUGAGCAAAUCGGUAAGGCUCAAAAAUUUAUCAAAUGGGCAAGCAGUGCAUUGGACUAUGAUGACGUAGCUACUUCUGUAAUGAAUCUUCGGAAAGCUCUGCAUCUUUUAACUACAGGUCAGGAAUCCACGUAGAUGAAUGAAAUGUAUAUAAAAACUCACACGUACAAUAAUAUCUUACUUACAAUUAAUUAUGUUAAACUUAUCGCUUGUAACGUGUAUAAUGGUCAGUAAAAGAUAUUAUAUUAAUAUUUUACAAUUUUUACAACCUUUGGGUACAGAUAAUAGAAAAUGAUUUAAAGAGGCAUGAUUACAAUUAACACUAGUCAAAUCAACCUCGAAUAUAGUACACUUAAUGAAAAUAGAAAUUGUUAGACUGUCCAGAUUGUAACUAUUAUUACUGUUCAAAUGAGAGAUGUAUAGCUGUAUUUUCAUUAUAUUUAUUGAAACGAUUUAAUUUAAGAGCAUAUUUUUUAAUAAAGACUUUAGUAUUGA